UUCGGGAACAUUUCCAGCGCCAAAAACCCCAAAUCGCAAAACCAAAACCUCCCAUCACCGGCGAACCCUCCUGAGCAGUUUCCGGGAACCAGCUCCGGCGAAUGGACGGCGGGCAAAGGGGUCGUCCACCCACUGGGCCUUCACUUCUUCCGGAUGAACUCCUUUGCGAGAUUUUCACAAGACUCUCCGCCAAAACUCUCUCCAAAAUCAGGUGUGUUUCGAAAUCAUGGCUUUCUAUAAUCUCUAGCCAAGAAUUCGUAAAAUCCCAUUUCAAAAAAUGGAUAAUGAUGAUGAAUUCACCCACCAUAGCAUCAUUGCAAAGUAUAUCAACCCACAUUUGCAUGUGAAGCAAUGCUCAGUUUACUCUUUACUGAGAAAUCCCGCAACUCCUGCAGCUAGAAUUGAUUAUCCUGGGGAAAAUCCCCCACAUUCCACUUCGGUUGUGGGUUCUUGUAAUGGUUGAUUUGCAUUUUGUUAGAUGAACAAGAUUUGUACCUGUGGAACCCAUGUACUAGACAAUCCAGAAAACUGUCUGAUCCAGGCUUUACUGGGAAUUCCCGUUCGUUUAAUUUUUAUGGUUUUGGUAUAAUGAGCCCAAUAAUGAUUAUAAUGUAGUUCUAGGUUCGAUUAGCAGUGUUGAAAGGAAGAUUGAGGUUGUGAUUUAUAGUCUGAAGACUGAUUCUUGGAGGAUGAUUGAUAAUUUUCCCACUUGUCUUCCUUGGUUGGAAACUGGGGCAUUUGUGAGUGGGAAACUCCAUUGGGCUGUAUCUAGUUGUGUGUGCGAUUGUGAUGCGAGAGUUGUAUCUCUUGAUCUUGUGCGACUUGAAUAUGGAGAAGUACAGCUUCCUGGAUGUGUGGAGGAUGCUUCCGUUUUGACACUCGGUGUUUUAGGGAAGUGCUUAUGUGUAAGCAUUUUGUAUUGCGACCAGCCGAAUGUGUACUCGAUAUGGAAGAAGAAUGUGGGUUUAUGGGUGAUGAUGGAGUAUGGAGUGGUAGAGUCUUGGAUUAAGGUAGCGAGCGUGCGGCCAUAUCAUGCACCAUUGUGUAUCAGUGCCAAAGGUGAGAUUUUGCUGACAUCUUCAUCUGACUUUGGAUUGUACAAUUUGGGAGAUGAGUCAAUGAGAUAUCCCAGAAUUGAAGAUGUGGACGAUGUCUAUCUUGAGGGACAUAUCUAUGUUGAAAGUCUGGUUUCACCUUUUGCUGAUGAAGAAAGGUACAUGACAAGCAAAGAUGAGUAUGAGGUAGCUGGUUUCUGACAUAAAUAGGAAGCAUGUGUGAGCGGAAUUCUAUGAAGUUUGAAUGGAAAUUUUGUAGCUGCCUUUGAGAUGAAUAUUGGUUGAAAUCCUCAUGAAAUAGCAGAUAUUUGUGCAGUAUGAAUAGGCCUUCAAAUGGUAAUUGCAAAUCAAAUUCCAAAAGUACUUGUAUUAUCUUACUCUAAGGCUCACAGAUUGAACCAGCUUCUACCAGGAACUGUGGAGAUGGAAGGCCUGAUGGGAGCACUUGUGCUGGACUGCCAAAAAAUGAUGGAAAUUAUCCUACUUCAGAAGCAAAUACUAUGCAGGGGGAAACUUAACAAUAUUGCUAGACCUUUGGCCAAGGCGGGGAUAUCUUUUGUCUGUACUCGCAAUGAAGCAUGUAUUUUAAAUGUGGAGUUUGUAGUGUGGAUGUAUACUCUUGUUACUGUUAUUAAUGACAUUCCUUUUUUAAUUUUGGAAAAUAAACGUGACUUUUCUUAAA